AUGCUCAUAUCGGCUGCGUCCAUGGCACCUGAGGUGUGUGGCCCAAGCCUCCAGGGAACCCCUGGACCCCCACCGCCCCUGCUGCCCAAGCCAGGGAAGGACAACUUGCGUUUGCAGAAGCUCCUGAGGAAGGCAGCCCGGAAGAAGAUGAUGGGAGGCACGCAUCUCGCUCCACCCAGGGCCUUCCGCACCUCCCUGUCCCCCGUGAGUGAGGCCAGCCAUGACCAGGAGGUCACAGCCCCGCACGCUGCUGAGGGCCUGCACCCCGCCGAAGCCCCACGCCUUCCUGAAGCCCCGCGCCCCGCCGAGGCUCCCCGCAUGGUGGCUGCCCUACCCCGCUCCCCGCACACCCCCAUCAUCCACCACGUGGCAUCACCCCUGCAGAAGUCCACGUUCUCCAUCGGCCUCACCCAGCACAGGAUUCUAGCUGCUCAAUUCAGGGCCACGGGGCCCCAGGUUGUAGCCUCAGCCCCAGAACCUGCCCGGCCCCCCAGUGGCUUCGUCCCUGUCUCUGGGGGUGGGGGCACCCAUGUCACCCAGGUGCACAUCCAGCUGGCAUCAUCCCCACACAAUGGGACCCCUGAGCCCCCCAGGACAGCCCCAGAAGGGGGAUCCAACAGCCAGGAUGGAGAUGCCACCCCAAGUCCCCCCAGGGCCCAGCCCCUGGUCCCAGUGGCUCACAUCUGCCCGCUGCCCACCGCAGUCCAGGCUGCCAGUCCCUUGCCUGAGGAGCCCCCUGUACCACGGCCGCCACCCGGCUUCCAGGCCUCGGUGCCCCGAGAGGCUAGUGCCAGGGUUGUGGUGCCCAUAGCCCCGACCUGCCGCUCGCUGGAGUCCUCACCACACAGCCUGGCCCCCAUGGGCCCUGGCAGAGAGCACCUGGAGGAGCCCCCGAUGGCUGGCCCCGCCGCUGAGGCCGAGCAAGUGUCCAGCCCUGCCUGGGCCUCAUCCCCUACCCCACCAUCAGGCCCUCACCCAUGCCCUGUCCCCAAAGUUGCACCCAAGCCCCGGCUCAGUGGCUGGACGUGGCUCAAGAAGCAGCUGCUGGAGGAGGCCCCGGAGCCUCCGUGCCCAGGGCCGCGGCAGAGCCUGGAGCCAGAGGUGCCCGCCCCCACAGAGCAGGAGGUGCCUGCCCCCACAGAGCAGGAGGUGCCCGCCCUCACUGCACCCCCGGCCCCCGCCUCCCGGACCUCCAGGAUGUGGGAUGCCGUGCUGUACCGCAUGUCAGUGGCGGAGGCCCAAGGGCGCCUGGCAGGGCCCAGCGGUGGGGAGCACACCCCAGCCAGCCUCACCCGCCUGCCCUUCCUGUACCGGCCUCGCUUCAACGCCCGGAAGCUGCAGGAGGCCACCCGGCCCCCUCCCACAGUCCGCUCCAUCCUGGAGCUGAGCCCCCAGCCCAAGAACUUCAACCGCACAGCGACCGGCUGGAGGCUCCAGUGA